GGGAGAGCUGUCUGUCUCCAACGUCCUUCGCCGCAUCUCCAGGCCCGGAGGCUCCAGAAGGCAGACAAAAUCUACAGAUUAGCCGGCUGCAGGCGGCGCUUCAAGGCAGGAUGGUCUCAGCGCGGCUUGCUGCGGAGAAGAAGCACCAUGUGCGUGGCGACGCACAAGAGGGGCAUAAACGCGGUAUGCGAUGGACGCCUGAAAAGAUGACAUGUGCAAUUCCCGCGGCAGUGCCAUGCGCUUAUUUGUGUGUCCAGCAGCGAUGAGCCAUCGUCGUUGUGAAGGUGUAGAUCUGCCUGUAACAGUCCCUGCCAUCGAUGGAGAUGCGCUCUCCCAGUCGGUCGACUCGCUUUCAUCUGAUUCCGACUCCCCGACGGCGAAAGUCGGCACAACUUCAGGCGUCAGGUGGGGCUUGAUGGUGCUUGAACUGCGGCCUGGCUGGCACGUGCAGCUGGUGGACUAUCCGGCGGAGCACUUCUUGUGGAUAUUUGGGCUCGUGGCUGUCAUCUCAGCUUACUUUCUUGGCAGUUUAUUCGGCCUGAUGCCCUCUAACUUUCCCUGGAGCGCAUUUGGGUGGUCUUCGGUGUGGGUGUGGUACCUGCUCUUCACCCUGCCCCCGUGUCUGGUGACGCUCAUGGGCCUGCUCACCCUCUGUGUGCCGUCUAACGCCUGGCUGAUGCGCAUCCUCAAGAACUGCAUCCUCACAGGCAGCUUCCUAUUGUGGUACCUCCUCUACCUGAGCUGUCGGCAGGUCGAUACGCUUUAUGAAGACUGCAUUCCGGCGCGCAGAGACGACGACCUGUGCGAGAAGCUCGAGCAGUGGCCUGGCCUGCCGGGAUGGCAGAGCGUCCUGGUGUGCCUGUGGUUGCUCGGAGCGUCGUGGCUGAAUGUCCUACUGAACACAGUACUGAAUCAACCGCGAGUGGUCUCUGAGGAUGGCUGGAGGACCCCUUCAUCGUUCUGUGGCUUGCCGGUCCAUGUGCACCGCACUGCACGCGCAGAGAGCAUCGGCACAGAGCGGUUGGAGCAGAACGGUUUCUACACCUAUCUGGUGAAGAAACGCCUGUGGCCUGAUUGUUGGGACUAUCUCUGGUUUGUGCGGCAUCUGAAGGUGGUUAUUCUGACGUGCGGCGCGAUGGAUUUUUUCUCUGACUGGCUGGUGGCCUUCGAUCUCAUGUUCGUCCCCCAGGAAGACCCAGAGUGGCGGUCGUCUUUCGCAGUGGCGCACAUAUGGAAGCCGCGGCCCACUUUUGCUGUGGGAUUGAGCAUCAUGGUCUUGUCGAUCUGCGAUCUCAUCUUCAUCAACAUACACGACAGUGUCGGGGAGCUCUCUCUGAGGCAGCGGGUCUUCGUCCUGGCGAUCACGGCUGGGGAGGCAGUCAUCUUCGUCUUGACGGUCAUCUUUGCCCAAGACAAGAGCAUGUGGGUCUAUGUCGUCUCUGCCCUCAUAACCCUCGCGACGGUGCUGAUUCGGAUCGUCAAUUUCACUAUCGACUUCCCUCGGCUGACGCAGAAAGGUAAACCAUCAGUCGGCAAGAGGGAGGGGGUGACUCGCAUCAUCUGUUCUUGGCGUGCAUGUCUUCCAGGCCGAAGCAGCCCGCGUGGCGCGCCAUCACCUCGUUGCGCAUUCUCGUGGCCAAGGCUGGUGCGCAGGCAGCCGAAGCGCCAUCCGUCCCUUGCCACCAUGCCCACCACGUCGACGCGGUGCUCAGAAACCGAUCUCUCAGCAGGCGACAGAGAGAAGGGGGCCGAGGGGAGACGUCAGGAUGGUCAUGAUGGGGAAGCGGGUGGGGGCAUUGGUUAGGUCAGUUAGUUAUCGUCCUUAGCGGCUCGGUUCGUAGCGGUAGCAAUCAGCUUACGUACGAAUAAGCGUGGCUUGAGAGCAUUUGUCUGUCUGUCUGUCUGGUCCUUUCGGCUGCAUUGCAUCGUCCUUUGGUUGUCUUGUCGUGUGGUGAGGCAGAGGCAGAGAGGCUGCCUGGUAGCGUAUGGGUGCAUGUCAGUCAGUGUUGCUGGCAGUUUUGGGUGGGUUUUAUGUGUCGGUAGCGUAGCUGUGUAGUCGUAGGAUGCUCAGCUCAUUUCGAUCUGAACAUGACUCGAUCCAGGUGUGCAUUCGGCAGCACGGUAGGGC